AUGUGUUUCAGGAAAUUUAAAAAUAAUAUAUUUUGUAAGGAUCUUUAUCUGGAAACAGUUUAUACUAUCCUCCAUCGAAUUGGAAAAAAGGAAAGUUCAGUUUCCGUUGGUAGUGUUGGAGGUGUUUCUGGUGAAGAACAAUUACUUCAAUAUGCAAAAUCAGCAUUUCAAAUAGACGAAAAAACACACAAAGCUUUAGUUGAGAAGGCUCUUAGCGAAAAGCCACCGAUUCUGCUUUUGAAUGUUUUGCUUUUGGAAGCCAGGGAUUUGAUAGCUAAAGACAUUGACGGCUUCUCAGAUCCCUUUGUUAUGUUGGGUGUAAUACCAUCAUCGUCCAAAGGUGGAGAAGAUGAACAACACGAAGCUACAAAUGCUACAGGCGGCUCUCAAGACUCACCUGAAGAAGAACAAAAUAACAACAACUCAUCAACCGGAAAACCUCCCCAACAUCGCAGAGUACUCCAAAGGCUUAGUGGUUCAUUCCGUCGUAAAGCUUUCCCUGGAGCUUCUAGAAGAGAAAAGUUGGAGGCAGCAUUUGAACAGACUGGUGAUGGGAUACCUGCACGCAUAAUAAAAGCAUCCUCUGUCCAGAGGAAGACACUCAAUCCAAAAUGGAACGAAAAAUUUCAGUUUGUAGUGGGUGAUUGUACUGAUCGAUUCCAUCUGGAUAUAUGGGACCAUGACGAUGAAAAUCGAAGCGUAUUGGACGUUGUUUCCUCCCUCAACCAAGUUCAAGGCCUCAAGGGACUAGGACGUUACUUUAAAGAAGUAACACAAAGUGCUAGAGCUAGUUCCGGUGGUGGAGGUUGUGCUGGGGGUGAUGGACUUGUUGAUGAUUUUCUUGGUUCUCUUACCUUUUCUCUGGGAGAAAUUCCUUCUACUGGAGUUGAGCAAUGGUUUAAUUUGGAGAAGAGAUCUGAAAAGUCUGAAGUUUCUGGUCAGAUUAAGCUGAAAAUGUGGUUAAGUACCCGAGAAGAACACCGCCUAUCAAGCACCGAGGAACAACGAAACGACGAUUUUAUUUUUCUAGAUGAUGAUGCUGAUGGUUUGGUAGAUGUCCAACAACAUAAAGACCUUUUAAGACAAUUUGCACUUUAUGAGAUUGGAAGGAAGGGAGAUCCUGUUUGUGCAUUCAGGGGCCAAUUGCCAGAUUUGGCUUUACUUAUAUUACACCAACACGCAAUACAGAGUGAUCUGACUGAAUUACACCAGAUGAUGUGUCAAUGGUUAGCCUAUAUACAAAUGAUUGGAAUGGGUAUCUCUUUUGAAUUAAUCUACGAAACAUUUUCGAAGCUCGAUGAAGAAUACGUUCUUGCCGAUUCUUUACUUCAAUUCAGCGAAUUUUGCCGGUCUGCAAUUCUAAGGCAUCGGCUAAGGAUUAGAGUGCGGUCAGGCUCUAGGCGUAGAUCUCCCUCGCCUAAGCGUUCAGAGCUCGAGUCUUUUGGUGAAAUGCUUAAAUGUUACAGAUUAGUUCGAGAAAGCCCAGUUUUUGCUCACUUAGUUCCAUAUCAAACACAUUUUCGUACUGAAAUGAGAGAACUUUUGGAAAAAAGUGCUAAUCUUCAUUUUAAUGCAAUUUUAUUAAAUAUUGAGGAGAUUAAUAAAAUUGAAAAUAAUUUUAAAAAUAAGGAGAAUAAUGCCAUUAAUCGUCUUUAUUUCUUAAUUCAUUCCCUUAAUACUACGUUAGAAAGAAGCUCAAAAUUUGAGGAUAUUUUUAAACAAGAAAUGUCUGAAAUUGUAAAUUAUGCUGAUAUUGGCUAUUGUACUUUUGAUUUAUUGUUACACGAACAUAUCAUAAGCGAAUUAAUGUCUGAGGGUUCUUCUGAUUUACGUGCCAUAACUCAACUUUGUCACCACGAGGAAAACAGUAAUAAUAUUGAAGAUGAACAACAGAUACUUUUACCUAUUUUACUCGUUCAUUUGGCUUUGAAUGAAUUUUCUGGUUAUAGAAAUAUUUUAAUGACAGGGACUACUGGACAUUUUCAAUAUAGAAUGGAGCAGCUGGAUUGGUCAGCACAUUUUGAUAGGGCAAUACAAAGAUGGUUGGAAUUUGCACAAGGUGUGUGGAAUGAAAAAAUAUUUCUUAAAAAUAAAAUUAGUUCAUGCAUUCUCCCGACUUGA